CUGCCUCGGAUUUGAAAAACAACAGAGGGAAAAAGUUCUUUAAACGGCUGAAACUCAGCGUCUGAAAGAGCUAUAAACAAAACAAGCGAUUUUCUCUUCCUGUGCGACAUUUGUGUUGGAGAUAUUGGACCUUGCCAGGAUUUCAGAGACAAACUCGACCACAUUUGCGGGAUAAGUUGACCUGCGAUUUUGACGACAUGAAAUGGUAUUUCUUGGCAGAGUGAAGCAACGACUCAGAACCGGACAAAGAUGAAUGUUUUACAAGGGGUCUACUAGAAGUCGAGACGAAGGCCAAGCGGGCGCCAAGCAAGCUAAACAUGAUGUGAACGGAAACCAGACUGUUCCACCGUUUCCUGAAGGGACAGAAAUGGUCAUGUUCGGUAUGGGCUGUUUCUGGGGAGCAGAGAGGAAGUUUUGGAGACAGAAGGGGGUUUAUUCCACUCAAGUGGGCUAUGCAGGCGGAUACACAGCAAACCCCACCUACAGGGAAGUCUGCACAGGUCGGACAGGUCACACAGAAGUGGUGAGAGUUGUCUUCCAUCCAGAGAAGAUCAACUUUGCCAACCUGCUCAAAGUUUUCUGGGAAAGCCAUGACCCGACUCAAGGGAUGAGACAGGGGAACGACGUUGGGACGACGUACCGAUCUGCCAUCUACACCUACACAAAGCAGCAGUUUGAGGAAGCUGUAGCCUCUAAAGAUCAAUACCAGAAGGUCCUCACAGAGGAAGGUUACGGCCCGAUUACUACAGAAAUAGCUGAAGACCAGACGUUCUACUAUGCUGAGGAUUACCACCAACAGUACCUGAGUAAAAACCCUGACGGAUACUGCGGAUUAGGCGGAACAGGAGUGUCCUGUCCAAUAGGAAUCAAGUCUAAGGCAUAGGCAGCCAAUCACAGCCAAGAAUCAUCUCCUCUCAGUUCAGUAAGGACGAAAGAUUGGCGUAAUUUGAAUUACGUUAACAGCAGACAGAGUGCAGCUUUGGGUUUAUUGUAUGAAAGUAUUUAAAAGAUCUUUAUUCAUUAAUUUCACAAACCUAGCUGAGUUAUUGCCUUGAUGUUAAAGAAGGUAGAUAACAACUAUAAAUCUACACAUCUUAGUAGUAAAACAGUUAACUUGUCAUAGCCAGAGCUCAUGAAGAUAUUAUGAGGCUACACUCCUUGAUAAAGCACUACAAUUUCAGGAUAGAUUUAUGAAAGUGGGAGAAAACGCAUGUCGGAGAGCUGUGUAGAACUACCAGGAUAUAAAGUAAACACAGAAAUGAAUAAAUUUUCUUGCCUCCAACUAAUUUUGCCUAGAAAGUUGUCAAAUUUGGCAAGUUAGGGGCAACAAUUUUACAGGUUUUUUUUUUUUUAGAUUUGUUGUAGGUUUAUUUUACUGAGAUUUUUGCAUUGCAUCUGCAAAAUAGAAACUAUAUUUUCAAAGCUCCUUUAGCUUUAUUCUGAUUAAGACAAGGUUGCUUUAAAGCUGGUGUGCUUGUUUGCCUUUUUUAGAAUGCGGAAAAAUAAAAACAUCACAAAAAUUAAA